AAGAUAAUGUUUUUCAUCACAUGUCAUACAGCUAGCUCAUUGUUAGCUUCACAUUAGUUCAUAUCACUUCUCUUUUCCAAUUUGACUUUUUAGAUUGAAAACAGCAGAACACGAUUUGUGUGUGUUUUCGGUUUUAUUUUCUCUCUUUCUCUGAAAACUGAUAAAGAGGUACGUACGUUUCAGUUGAUAGCGGAUGUUUACACAAAAGUACUUCAGAUCCGUGGAUCAAUCUACAUGUAUAACUUACGAUCAUUCAUCGUCAGCUUUAAAAGCUAAUAAGACAAAGUUACUUCAUCUACUGCAUCACAUUUUAAAUUAUUGCAUAUAAAUAAGUGACUGUAUAAUAUCCAAUCAAAUGCAUAGUAAAUCAUUUCGCGCAUUGUAUUGACGUAUUCAAAGUUUUCUUUGUGUAAUUAAGCCAACCAGGCACAGAUAUGUUUUAUCUUAAGAAGUUUUAUCAGUGUUGGACUCCACGCAUACAAGUGCAUGGUCCGCCAAUAUAGACAUCGUCUGUGAGACGCAGUACACUCGACACUGAACCAAAAGAAUGGAGUACAGGGAUUACCAGUUGGUUGCCGCCAUAGAUUUCGGAACUACAUACACUGGCUAUGCUUACUCAACACGAUAUGAAUUUCAAAAAGAUCCGCUGAAAAUCAACUUAAUGAUGUUGAAUGCAGAAUCGACACGCCUCUCAUCUCAAAAAGCACCCACGUGUGUCCUUUUUAAGCCAGAUGAGACGUUUCAUUCAUUUGGGUACGAGGCUGAAGAUAACUUUAACGAACUGUAUAUGGAUGGCGAUCACAAAGACUGGUUUUUCUUUCGUCGUUUCAAAAUGGAUUUGUACAAAGCCAAUGUGAAGAGAACCCAGGUAUUGAAAACAUUGGAUGGAAAGAAAAUGUCUGCAAUGAAAGUUAUUUCAGCUGUGAUUGCCUACCUGAAAAGCCAUUUGUUGAUAAAAAUCAACGAUCGAGCAAUCGAUAUUUCGGAGUCAGAAAUAAGAUGGGUACUGACUGUACCUGCAAUUUGGAGCGACUCGGCAAAACAGAUGAUGAGAGAGGCAGCCGAAAAGGCAAAAAUCCCAAGAGAUCAGUUAUUGAUCGUCUUGGAACCGGAAGCUGCCUCCAUACUUUGUAAACAUCUGUCUGCUGUCCAGCUUCUUUCUAUAGACAGCACAAAGAGGGAUGAAACCUUCCAAUCAGGAUCAAGAUACCUGGUACUCGAUGCUGGAGGUGGUACCAUAGAUAUCACAGUACAUGAAGUGGUAAAGGGUGGAUUAUUAAAAGAAAUCCAUGCAGCUAACGGCGGAGAUUGGGGAGGGACAAAAAUAGACGACGCCUUCGAGGACUUUGUGGAGACUGUUGUUGGGAAACCAGCCUACAAAGACUUCCGCGUUCAUAAGAUGCCAAGCUUGAUUGAACUACACAGAAGCUUUGAAGAAAGGAAGAAAACCUUUACUGAUAACAGUGCUGGAAAGAAAAUAACGUUCCGAAUUCCUUUUGAGAUAAUUGAAUCUUUCAAAAAGUACAAUCAAGAUAGAAAUAUAGCUGACGUCAUUGCAACUAAAUUCAACCCUGCAGACGUGGAUUGGACGCAUGAUAAAAUUCGCCUUUCCCAAGCGAAAACACGAAAUUUGUUUGAACUAUCUUUGCACCACAUAACCGAUCACGUUUCUGAUAUCCUCAAAAACCCGGAGGUGCAAGAUUGCAAGGCUAUCCUGAUGGUGGGUGGCUAUUCCGAGUGUCCACUUCUGCAAGACGCCAUCAGAAAUGUUGCAGGAAACAUCCGCGUGAUCGUCCCAAGUGACGCAGGUCUUUCUGUACUUAAGGGGGCCGUGAUUAACGGAUUCUUCCCGGACGCUGUGUCGCAUCGCAUAUGCAGGUACACAUACGGAACAGAGUGCAACAAACGCUUUGAAAAGGAUUUGCACAGGGAGGAUUAUCGCGUGACCAAUGAAAGAGGGGCAUUUGAAUGUGAACAUUUCUUUGACAAAUUUAUCGCGAAAGGGACACAAAUUAACAUUGGUAUAUCUUCAGUUACAAAAACGUUUUCUGUGACUUCUUCAAAUCAAACGGCAAUGUGUUUUCGAAUAUUUGCCUCGACAUCUGCGGCCACGAUGUAUGUCACAGACGGAAAUGUACAGAAAAUAGGACAAAUGAUUUUGGAUACGCCGGAUACCUCGUUAGGCUUAGAGAGGGGAGCCAGUGUAACGAUGCACUUUGGAGGAUCAGAAAUCGUGAUCGAAGCCGUAGACAAACAUACUGGAAAUUCAAUACGAUCGGGUGUCGACUUUCUUGGAUAGCAUGAUGGGCAACUUUUUAGGGCGGUGUAUAAAUACUUCAUCAACGCGGUCUAUUACACAAAAAUAAUAAAGACAGGUUAAAUGUGGGGGGAAAACAUGAAUUGGUAGUGACACUUAUCUGAUAAACUUACCACACUCGGAACACCAAACAUACCACACUCGGAACACCUCGGUCGAUUAUCUUCGGUCAUCUAACCUCAGAUGUAUCAUGGACGUCGCCAUAUUGGAACUACUUUGAAGUUCCCGGAUAUCGGGGGUUUCAAACAUGCCUGCGCCUAUGGAUGCAGCAGAUUCGUCAGUGAAAAGUGUUUUGCCUGAUACAACAUGUAUACUUUGCCUACAGGAAAACCGCAGUGCUCACUGUCUGCCAAAGGCCAAGGGAUCCAAACAAAAUUAUAUAAAUAUAUAACAAAGUUUUGUUGGUAUAACACCGGAGAAUGAGUUAUUAUAAAGUGUACAUCCUGCUUCAUUAACCGUGGUAUUAAAGUGUCCUGACUUUAAAAGACACCCUAGACUGGUUUUUAGGAGAUAACAAGCGAAUGAAACGCACGAGUAAAACCCGGCCAUCUACAAACGUAAUUCGUUCGUCGAUUGCAGGGACAAUUGUAUCAUCUGUAGAAAAGUUAAAACUGUUGAAGUCACCUUUCGAUUUUGCUACAUGUCUGUUUGUGGAAAUUGUCCAAAAGAAAAUCUAUGAAAAUUGGAGAAAGGACCUGUUACAGGUUACAUAGAUUUUUGCUCACGAUCCAACCGGGUGAUAUUUGUAAUACUUUAUGAGACAACCCAUGAAAUAUAUUUAAAAAUUAAAAAGGUCCCAGGGGCCUGUUCUCUUACCAUUUUAAUAUCUCCCUACAUGGGAGUGUGACAGGGUUCCAUUUUAAGUCAAAAUAACGCACAUUUAACUCUUUUUUUUUUGCUUCAAAAAGUUACCAUUUUCUUUAGAGUGAUAUAUUUACUGCAAAUCAUAGAUGCAUUUAUGCAACAACAAAUAUCUGUUAGAAAAAUUACACAAUCUUUAGCCCCAAAAAUACCUAUUUUUUAAGCCAAUUUUAGGGCAUCUUGAAUUUUUAAAAUUUGAUACUUUAGUAACAUACAUGUAGUUCAGUAUUUCAUUCUUAAUUUAAUACUUUAGUACACGUAACAUAGUUAGGUGUUAGUUUUAAUUUGAUACUAUAGUAACAUAGUUAGGUGUUAGUUUUAAUUUGAUACUUUAGUAACAUUGUAGGUGUUUUUCUUAAUUUGAUACUCAAAUAACAUAGUUAGCUAGGUGUUAUUUUCUAAUUUCUUCAAAUUCAAUGCUAAUUACAUGUUUGAUAUUAAAUUUUUUGUUACCUUUUUAUAAUGUGAUAUUUUUUUAGUACAAUAAGUUUUAUAACUACAAUUUCCCAAUUUAUCAAGGCAGAUGAUAUAGAUUCAGGGGAUAAAAAGUGGUUCUGAUAAUCAAAGUAAAUAGGGAUAUAUGCAUAAAACAUUUUUGACUUGUUUUAUUUUAUUCAAAAAGUAUAUUUGUAGCUACCGACUUUAAAAGAGUAGACCAAUAUUUGAAUUCAUAAUACUGACUUUCUACAGAAGUUAUGUAUGAUUUACACCAGACACAUAACAGCGAAAUCCCUGCUGGAUUAAAGUACAUGCAGCCUUGAUAAAUCUUGUGUAGUAUGAUAUUAUAAUUUUGAUUAUUGUUUUAAUCAACUAUAUAUACAAGUAUCAGCAAGCGUGAAUCUGUCGGUCACAACUAUAACUUGUUCAAUAGUUCUACAUGUCAACAGAGCUUCUUCAACAUAGUCAUGCUCUCCGAGUAUAUUGUCUCUGGCACGAAUUUAUGUUUUGUCUGAUGUUGUCAAUGUUAUGUAAAAUUUGCAUAUUAUGUAUGUAUAUGAUACUGAUGAGCCUGAGGCUCAGAGUCAAUGAAGAACUUAAACUUGAUUUCUACGUUAACUUUCUUGUUAUAAAGAUUGGUUUGAUUGGAAUCGAUAUAUCUAUUUCAAAUAGAUUCCUGUCCAAUGUCUUCUGUAUAUUGCUUGACAACUAAAUAGAUAUUCAUGGGGAUUUAAUUUUCGUCGUUUAAUCACGAAUUAUAAUUAAUCAACUUGAACUUAUUAACAAUAAAUAGUCAUAAAGAUUG